AUGUCUUUCUUUGCAGCGACAUUCUUCAGGCGUCACAGCCAAGUGCUCGCCGGGAAGGAGAGGUCGAAGUUUUUGGCGGCCAUCAAGGGCAUCAUCGGGCGCAGAUGGGAUAAGCAGUUGCACAACCCGAUGCAUGCAUUCGGCUGGCUCCUUAACCCGAAGAACCAGCUGGCGAUUGAAUUCCGCAACGACCCCAAGAUCAUCAAAGGGGUCAAUGCUGUGCUGCAGGCACGAGGAGAUGCACGGGCCGCAGCGCUGUUCGUGGAGAGUGGACGUCUCUCACAUGCAGAUUGGUGGGCGAUGUAUGGAGGGGAACUCCCCGAGCUGCAGGAUUUGGCUGUGAGAAUGUUAUCACAGCCUAUCACUGCGUCGGAAGUUGAGAGGUGCUGGUCUGCGAUGGCAAGGGUGCAGCGGCGUGAUCGCAACAGGCUGAGCGCUCAGACCAUGAUCGAUGUCACCACGGUGGCAUUCAGUAGGCGUUCGAGGGUUGCAUUCGACAAGAAGCAGGAAGUGCGCGCCAAACAUUUUGCAGACCUAGCAGCAGGCAAGCUCAACGAGAGCACUCUAGAAAGAGUGACGACGACGGCAAUCGAAAGCUCUGAACCACAGACCGAAGGCUUUGAACCACGGGUUGAAGAGGAAGAAGGUGAUGUCGAUUGCGUGAUUGACUGGGAAGCUCUUGGCAGCAUCGGGAAGAGGAAGAAGAAAGAGGUGACGAAGGGAAACAAGGGAAAGGCGACCAAGAAGCGUUCGGCUGACGAAGACGAUGAGGAGGAGGAGGAGGAGGAGGAGGAGGAGGAGGAGGAGGAGGAGGAGGAGGAGGAGGAGGGGGAGGGGGAGGGGGAGGGGGAGGGGGAGGGGGAGGGGGAGGGGGAGGGGGAGGGGGAGGGGGAGGGGGAGGGGGAGGGGGAGGGGGAGGGGGAGGGGGAGGAGGAGGAGGAGGAGGAGGGGGAGGGGGGGGGGCCAACGCAUGGGACUUUAGUGACAUCGAUGGUGUUAGAUAGAGAGUGA